AUGGAAUCUAAUUUAAUAAACGAUAACUAUAUAUCUUCCUCAAAUGAUGAUAUUCGUGUUGUGAUAGGAUUUGAAAUCAUUACCAAUGAAACUUGGCCUGGAUUGAAGGGUUAUCUAAAAACUCCAACAGUUAUUAAAUAUACAGAUGAUAAUUAUGAUGCGGUUAAAUUGUGGGGAUAUCCUGCGUUAGCUCAGAGACCUAAAAAGAAAAAAGAUGAUAAUGUUGACACCAGACCCAUCGAACACUUUAAGCUAUGUUUGAGUGAUUUGCCUGCAAAUCUUAAACCAUCGCUUCCAAUUCUUGAAGGGAGAGUCAUUACUGACUAUUUUCGGGAAAUAGGCAAUUUAAUGAAAGACACAGUGGAAAGGACAUGGCCUUUUGUAGAUUUCUUAAGCCAGGUUUUACUUGUGCUUACUAUUCCGGCUGAUUUCUCUGAAAAGACAAAGAGGAUCAUGAAGGAAUGCAUGUAUAAUGCUGACUUAAUUAAAAGCAAAGAUACGGAAAACGUCCAGUUUACUACAGAACCGGAAGCAGCUGCCAUUUAUUGCAUGAAACACUGUCUAAAAGAACAAUCUCUUACAUCUGAUGAUA